UGGGAGUCUCGUCUUUAAGCCAACCAAUCAACAGUGUGUUUAUCAAGCACUUGUUUCAACCUAGUUGUACGAGUCUUCCCCUUCCAAUUUCCAAGUCAACUAGCGUGUUAAACACAGAAUGAACUUAAUAUAUUGUGAAGCAAGAAUGGAAGUAAACAAUUCAGCAGUCUUGUUCUGAACUUGAGAAGUAGAUCCUUUUGUUUUUCUUUUUCCGUGGUGCUUUAGUUCUGGCUCUUCAGUUCAGCUGGGAAUUUCUCGAUGGCUCCCGUGGCUUUGUUUAUUUUCUCUCUUCUCACUCAUCUCGUGGUUCUUCACUCUACCGAGGAGUUGAAAAUCAACAAACACUGUCAUCCCGAAUACUGUAAUGAAAAGGUACGCAUGAUCCAGUUCCCCUUCAAAAGUCAGACGCAUCCUCCUGAAUGCGGCGGGUUGUUCACAGUUGAUUGUUCUGAUCAAGAUAAUCCGAGGAUCCAACUGAAAGAGAAAGGAUACUGGCAUGAAUUGGAGAGCAUCUCUGAAACAAAUACGAUUUUUAUCAAUGACAGAGAGCUCCAGCAGCGCUUGGAACACAGUUUAUGCGAUGAUCAAAUUUUCGACAAUUUGAGUCUUCCCAGCCCUUCUCCAAUCUUUGAUGAAAUAUUCGCAUACAACCUGACCCUCUUCAAAUGCAACAAUACCCACCUCCCCAAUACAGUUCUUAAAAGCCACUGCAAAAAUGAUAAGCAUACUUACUACAAUAAUAGUUCGUCUGAUGAUAGUUUAGUAAGUCACCUACCAUUGUGUACAAUCAUUCAGAUCCCAUUCGAUCCAAAUCAAUAUACCCCUUCACUUACUGAGUUCCAGCUUCGACUGCGAGUAAGCGAGGAAUGUGAACGAUGUUAUUUUAGAAACGGAACAUGCCUUGUUGACAACAAGGGAAAAUUUCAAUGUUCCGUUGGAGAAAAAGUUUAUGUUGCAGGAGAUAAAUUGGGAUUGAAGCUAGGACUAGGUAUUGGAUGUCCAGUACUUAUUGCAGUAUGCUUGUUUCUUCUGUGGCAUUACAAACAAAAACGCGCUGCAUCAAACUUCCUCUCAAGGAACAUUUCUUCUCAGCCCCACACAAAUUCAGACCAAGAUCGUCAAAUUGUUGAGGCCUUUCUAAGGAGCUAUGGGCCACUUCAAGUUAGAAGAUAUAGCUAUUUGGAGGUCAAGAAAAUGACCAAUUCCUUCGAAGAAAAAUUAGGGCAAGGGGGCUACGGUAGUGUAUACAAGGGAAAAUCAAAUGACGGCAGUCUUGUAGCGGUGAAGGUCUUGAACAAAUUAAAAGGUAAUGGAGAAGAAUUUAUGAAUGAGGUGGCAGCCAUUAGCAGAACUUCCCAUGUCAACAUUGUCUCCUUGUGGGGCUUUUGUUUUGAGGGUUCAAAAAGAGCUCUCAUCUAUGAAUUCAUGCCUAAUGGAUCACUUGAGAAGUUCAUAUUUGAUGCAAAUACCCCGAACAAAAAUCAUCACUUGGGAUGGGAAGCACUGGAUCGAAUUGCACUAGGCAUUGCUCGAGGGUUGGAGUAUUUACAUCGCGGUUGCAACACAAGAAUUCUGCAUUUUGACAUCAAGCCUCAUAACAUUCUUCUUGAUGAAAAUUUCACACCAAAAGUCUCUGAUUUUGGCCUUGCUAAGAUAUGCAACAUGAAAGAGAGCAUUGUGUCAAUGGCGUGUGCAAGAGGCACUGCUGGCUACAUUGCUCCAGAAGUAUUCUGUAGGAAUUUUGGAGCGGUCUCACACAAGUCAGAUGUAUAUAGCUACGGGAUGAUGCUUUCGGAGAUGGUUGGUGGAAGAAGGAACAUCAAUGCCGAAGCUGAAGAUACAAGUGAAAUAUAUUUUCCACACUGGAUUUACAAGCGUCUGGAACUUGAUGAAGAACUUGGUCUGCCGAGCAUAAUGGAGGAGGAAGACAAAGUAAGAGCAAGGAAGAUGAUAAUAGUGAGCUUGUGGUGCAUACAAACAGACCCUUCAAACAGGCCAGCGAUGAAACAAGUGAUAGAUAUGUUGGAAGGCAGCGUUGAUUGCUUGCAGAUACCACCCAAGCCUUACUUGUCUUCCCCACCAAAACCGGUAGCAGAUUCUUCUACUGUUACAUUGGUAUCAAUAGAAUAGACCGUGCCCUGUAUUUUACAUGAACACUUACAUGUUUCUGAAUAAUGAACAAGACUGCAGAGAACUGUAUGAUUAUGAACUUUUGUCAGGUGUGGAUCCAACAUGUGGACUAUUUUAUUAGUCUUGCUCAUAGGGUAGGAGCAAUGCCUACAAUAUAAUUGGGCCAAGUAUGAGCAAGUUUAAGGACCAGUCCCAAGCCCAAUACAGUCUUACAAGUAGCCCAAUCAAAAUAAAUGAGUG